CACGUUGCUACUCACGUCCUACCUUCCCCGAGGAUAAGAGUGAACAAGAAACAGCGCAGUUCUGGAAGCACCAUCCUUCCAGAAGGGCUUCAGGAACCAUGCUGGAAGCAUUCUGCAACUCCACCUUCUGGAAUGCCUCGUACCUGGAUAGUCCGGAGGCUGACCUGCCCCUUUGCUUUGAGCAAACAGUGUUGGUGUGGAUCCCCCUGGGCUUCCUUUGGCUACUGGCCCCAUGGCAGCUUCUUCACAUAUAUAAAUCCAGGACCAAGAAAUCUUCUGUAACCAAACUCUACCUUGCAAAGCAGGUGCUUGUUGGAUUUCUUCUAAUUCUAGCAGCCAUAGAGCUGGCCUUUGUACUCACAGAAGAUUCUGGACAAGCCACAGUCCCUGCCAUAAGAUACACCAAUCCAAGUCUCUACCUGGCUACAUGGCUCCUGGUUUUGCUGAUCCAGCACAGUAGGCGAUGGUGUCUACAAAAGAACUCCUGGUUCCUGACCAUCUUCUGGAUUCUUUCGCUUCUCGGUGGCACUUUCCAACUUCAAACUCUCAUCCGGGCACUCUUACGGGACGAUUCUAACCUGACCUACUCCUGCCUGUUCUUCAUCUCGUACGCAUUCCAGUUCCUGGUCUUGAUCCUUUCAUCGUUCUCAGAAAACACCUCAUCAAAUAAUCCAUCAACCACGGCUUCAUUUCUGAGUAGUAUUUCCUUUAGUUGGUAUGACAGCGUCAUUCUGAAAGGCUACAAGGAACCUCUGACACUUGACGAUGUCUGGGAUGUCGACGAUAGUAUUAAAGCCAAGGUCCUAGUCAGCAAGUUUGAAGCGUGCUCCAUGGGCAACCUGCGGAAGGCCAGGGAGGCAUUCCAGCGACGGAGGCAGAAGUUCUCCCAGAAGAAGCCAGAAGCCAAGCUGCAUGGCUUGAACAAGCACCAGAGUCAAAGCCAAGAUGUCCUCGUCCUGGAAGAAACUAAAAAGAAAAAAAAAGAGGAGUCUGGGGGCACCAAAGAUUUUCCCAAGUCCUGGUUGAUCAAGAGCCUCUUCAAAACCUUCUACCUGGAACUCCUGAAAUCGUUUCUAUUGAAGCUAAUGUAUGACAUCCUUGCAUUUCUGAAUCCUCAGCUGCUGAAAAUACUCAUCUCCUUUGCAAAUGAUCAGGACGCGUACAUGUGGACCGGUUAUAUCUACUCCAUCCUCUUCUUCGCCGUGGCUCUCCUCCAGUCCGUGUGCCUUCAGAGCUAUUUUCAGUUAUGCUUCAUGUUGGGCAUGACUGUACGGACAACGGUCAUGGCUUCUGUGUACAAGAAGGCACUGACCCUCUCCAACCUGGCCAAGAGGCAGUACACCGUCGGAGAGACAGUAAACCUGAUGUCUGUGGAUGGCCAGAAGCUCAUGGACGUGGCCACCUUCAUCCACUUGCUGUGGUCCUGCCCACUGCAGAUUAUUUUAUCGAUCUACUUCCUCUGGAGAGAACUGGGACCCUCCGUCUUUGCAGGUGUUGGAGUGAUGGUGCUUCUCAUCCCAAUUAAUGGGAUCUUAGCCACCAAGAACAGAAAAAUUCAGGUGAAAAAUAUGAAGAAUAAAGACAAGCGUUUAAAGAUUAUGAAUGAAAUUCUCAGCGGGAUCAAGAUCCUAAAAUACUUUGCCUGGGAGCCUUCAUUCAAAAGUCAAGUCCACAGCCUGAGGAAGAAAGAGCUCAAAAACAUGCUGAACUUUGCUAAACUCCAGUCUGUGAUGAUGUUCAUCUUGUACUUAACCCCAGUCCUGGUGUCCGUGACCACAUUUUCCGUCUAUGUCCUGGUGGAUAGCAACAAUAUUCUCGAUGCAGAGAAGGCCUUCACCUCCAUCACACUCUUCAACAUCCUGCGCUUCCCCCUGGGCAUGCUUCCCAUGGUCAUCUCCUCCAUCCUGCAGGCUAGUGUUUCCACAGAACGGCUAGAGAAGUACUUGGGAGCAGACGACUUGGACACAUCUGCCAUUCGACAGGACUCCAGUUCCGACAAAGCUGUGCAGUUUUCUGAUGCCUCCUUUACCUGGGACCGGGACUUGGAAACCACAAUCCGAGACGUUACCCUGGACAUCAUGCCAGGCCAGUUGGUGGCUGUGGUGGGCACCGUGGGAUCUGGGAAGUCCUCGCUGAUGUCUGCCAUCCUAGGAGAAAUGGAGCCUGUCCGAGGACACAUCACCAUCAAGGGCACCAUCGCCUAUGUCCCCCAGCAGGCGUGGAUCCAAAAUGGGACCAUCAAGGACAACAUUCUUUUUGGAUCCACGUUGGAUGAAACGAAGUACCAGAAAGUUCUGGAGGCCUGUGCCCUGCUCCCAGACUUGGAAAUUCUGCCUGGAGGAGAUCUGGCUGAGAUUGGCGAAAAGGGGAUCAAUCUCAGUGGGGGCCAGAAGCAGAGGAUCAGCCUGGCCAGAGCCACCUAUCAAGAUUCAGACAUCUACAUUCUGGACGACCCCCUGUCAGCUGUGGAUGCCCAUGUAGGAAAGCAUAUUUUCAACAAGGUCCUGGGUCCCAGUGGCCUGCUGAAAGGCAAGACACGACUCUUGGUUACGCACGGCAUUCACUUCCUUCCCCAAGUGGAUGAGAUUGUCGUUCUGGGGAACGGCACUAUCUUGGAGAAGGGCUCUUACAGCACCCUGCUGGCCAAUAACGGAGGGUUUUCUAAGAACCAUAGGAAGUACAGCAAUCAGACGGGUCCUGAAGAGGAAGCGACAGUCAACGACGACGGCAGUGAGGAAGAGGAGGACGGUGGGCUGCUUCCCAGCGUGGAGGAAAUCCCCGAAGAGGCGGCCUCCUUGGCCGCGAAACGAGAAAACAGCAUCCACCGCACGUUCAACCGCAGUUCCAGGUCCAGUGGCAGGCAUCGGAAGUCCCUGAGAAGCUCCUUGAAAAGUCGGGAAAUGAGGCCCAAGCUGAAGGAGGACGAACAGCCAGUGAGGGGCCAGAAACUGAUUCGGAAGGAAGGCGUUGAGACUGGAAAGGUGAAGUUCUCCAUCUACCUGAAAUACCUACAAGCAAUUGGAUGGUGUUCGAUACUCUUCAUCUUCAUUUCCUAUGUGAUGAAUUCUGUGGCUUACAUUGGAUCUAACCUCUGGCUCAGUGCAUGGACCAAUGACUCUAAAACCUUCAACGGCACCAGCUACCCAGCCUCUCAGAGGGACAUGAGAGUCGGCGUCUACGGAGCUCUGGGAUUGGCACAAUGUGUGUUUGUGUUGGUAGCAAAUCUCGGGGCUGUUUACGGUUGUAUCCGAGCAGCAAACACCCUGCACAAGCAACUGCUGAACAAUAUCCUUCGAGUCCCCAUGGGCUUUUUUGACACAACACCCACCGGCCGGAUUGUGAACAGGUUUGCUGGUGACAUUUCCACCGUGGAUGAGACCCUCCCGACCACGUUGCGCAGCUGGAUCAUAUGCUUUCUGGGCAUCCUCAGCACCCUGGUCAUGAUCUGUGUGGCCACACCGGUCUUCGUCAUCAUCAUCAUCCCUCUCACUCUCAUUUACGUGGCUGUUCAGACAUUUUACGUGGCUACCUCGCGCCAGCUGAGACGUCUGGACUCUGUCACCAGGUCCCCCAUCUACUCUCACUUCAGUGAGACUGUGUCCGGUUUGCCUGUUAUCCGAGCCUUAGGACACCAGCAGCGGUUUCUCAAGCUCAGUGAGGUGGGGAUUGAUACCAACCAGAAAUGUGUCGUUUCCUGGAUUGUUUCCAAUAGGUGGCUUGCGUUUCGCCUGGAGUUCGUUGGAAACCUGAUCGUCUUCUUAUCGUCCUUGAUGAUGGUUAUUUAUAAAGAUACCCUGAGCGGGGACACCGUGGGGUUUGUUCUGUCCAACGCCCUUAAUAUCACACAAACCCUGAAUUGGUUAGUGCGGAUGACGUCGGAAAUGGAGACCAACAUUGUGGCUGUUGAGAGAAUAAAUGAAUAUAUAAGAGUGGAAAAUGAGGCACCCUGGGUGACAGAUACGAGACCCCCAGCAGGAUGGCCCAGGAAAGGGGAGAUCAAGUUUAGCAACUACCAAGUGCGCUACCGGCCCGAGCUGGAUCUGGCGCUGAAGGGGAUCACUUGUGACAUCAGGAGCAUGGAGAAGAUCGGUGUCGUAGGCAGGACGGGAGCUGGGAAAUCGUCCCUUACAAACUGCCUCUUCAGGAUCCUAGAGGCGGCCGGGGGCCAGAUCACCAUCGAUGGGGUCGAUAUAGCUUCCAUAGGGCUCCACGACCUGAGAGAGAGACUGACCAUCAUUCCACAGGACCCCAUCCUCUUCUCUGGAAGCUUGAGGAUGAAUCUGGACCCUUUCAACAACUACUCCGAUGAGGAGAUUUGGAAGGCCCUAGAACUGGCUCACCUCAAAUCCUUCGUGGCGGGUCUGCAACUUGGGCUCUCCCAUGAAGUGACGGAGGCUGGUGAAAACCUCAGCAUCGGGCAGCGGCAGCUGCUGUGCCUGGGCAGGGCGCUGCUCCGGAAGUCCAAGAUCCUCAUCAUGGACGAGGCCACGGCUGCUGUGGACCUGAAGACGGAUCACCUCAUUCAGACGACCAUUCAGCAAGAGUUCUCCCACUGCACGGUCAUCACCAUCGCCCACAGGCUGCACACCAUCAUGGACAGUGACAAGGUGAUGGUCCUCGACAAUGGGAAGAUUGUAGAGUUCGGCAGCCCCGAAGAACUGCUGCAAACCCCCGGUUUCUUUUACUCCAUGGCCAAGGAAUCCGGCAUUACCACAGCCAGCAGCACAGCCCUCUGACAAGAGGACUAGAAGGCUCAGUCCUCGGUUUGUUAGUUUUUAUUUUUGUGAACUAUAAGAGUAUAUAAAAUGUACAGUUUAAAAGAACGAUAAUAAGUGAACUCUCGUGGACCUACUCCCCAGGAUGGGAAAAUGAGUCUUUACCAGGCGAUGGCCCCUUGAGCGCACACCUCCUUGCUACCCAACCCCAAGCCUCCCCUCUGUGAGGACCACUUCCCUGCUGCCCGUGUUUGUUUCACAGCUCUUGGUUGUCGCCUUAAACAACGCGUACUUACAAAACGGACAACUAAUAUAAAUGUAUUCAUACGGCA